ACUCUCUUUCUUUCACGCGACCACACCGUAAUCGAACCCCCUAUCUGCUACUCUACCUCCAGCUAACCGUCUUACCAGUAAACACCACCGGCGGCCUAUCAUCCGACGACGACGACUACCUUAGUCGGAGGAAGCGUUUGGAACCCUACUUGUGACAAGAGCAUGGUAUUUAAGCUCUGUGAUGUGAAGCUUAACGAGGCUUACAAUGGAAUUGCCACGUGGUUUCUUCAGGACUCUUUGCACAACUAGAUGAUGGAAGAAGUAUGGAAAUAUUGUUAAAGCAUCUUUGGGAUGACAUGCAGGCUCAGUUCUUAGUGCUAGUCUUGAAUAGCUUGCAACUUUUCCAGGUCUGAAACAAAACUAAGAGUCCUACAUCCAUUUCCCUGCAAUCAAAGCACAAUAUUCUGGAUCUUAUUAGAUUUUUCUUACAGAAACAUAUUCAUUCGGGUAAUUUGGGGAAAAUGACAGAAAUCUUCUCCUACACAGCUUGCAGACAAUUAUCACAAAUGUUUUUUUCAAUAAUCUUCUUUCAUGUUUCUGAAUACAUUCUAGCAAUCUCAAUCCAUGGGAGAUCAAGAGUAACCCUUAAUUCUCUUUUAAUCAGCAAAAAUUAUCUCGUGGCAAUGAUUUUCUCAUUGCUAGAGUACUUGCUUGAAAUUUAUUUUUGCCCUGGGUUGAAGGAAUACUGGUGGAUAAGUAACUUUGGCCUUGCAAUGGUUGUUUUUGGGGAAAUCAUACGGAAAUUGGCAAUUUUAACUGCUGGCAGGUCCUUCACUCAUCUUAUCAAGAUUUAUCACGAGGAGGAUCACAAAUUGGUUACUCAGGGGGUGUAUAGAUUUAUUCGUCAUCCAGGAUAUUUUGGUUUCUUCAUCUGGUCAGUUGGCACUCAGAUAAUGAUCUGUAAUCCGGUAUCUAUAAUUGCAUUUACGGUGGUUGUUUGGCUCUUUUUCUCCGACCGGAUACCAUAUGAAGAGUACUUCUUGAGACAGUUUUUCAGGUCACAAUAUGAGGAUUAUGCACGAGGUGUUUGGUCUGGGAUUCCUUUUGUGAAGUGAGAAAUGCCCAAAGUUUGUAAUCAGGGCUUCCUUGCUCAAUCCUUCUCGGUUCGUGAAGAAUGCUUCAAAGCCUUCUUUCAUAAUGUAUCUCUCUAAUCGUGGUAGUUUCAGAUAUGUUCCUUCAGGCUUCAGAUUGGUUUGUUGUGUAUGUUAAUUUGGCAUAAAGACUUGAUGGGGAAUAUUGGCUUCGAUUGAAAUAUCUGGUCUUUUGGGUGAUAUGACUUACCAGUUCUCAAUCUUUACCCAAUGGAAAGAGUUGUAAGAGUUAUCUUAUGUUGUAAGACUUAUCUGUAAAUGACAUUGUUUUAACUUCCCCAUAAAUAAUGCCCAUG